CAACGAUAUUUGAGAUAAAAAUACAUACGUAGUUUCGCUAACAUACAAGUGAUGGCAAGGAAUAUAUCAAAAGCGUUUUUCACGCUAAUUUUCGAGAAGGUCCAUUGCAGCUCUUUGGCAGGGCGUGACAAUGGAUUUGGCAGUAACUACGUAUGGGCAGGAUCCUUGGAAUCUGGUCUUCAGAUAGCCACUCAUCAUAAAAAGCCAAUAAUGGUUAUAAUACACAAGUCGUGGUGUACGGCAUGUAAGAAACUGAAACCAAAGUUCGCAAAUUCGCCGGAGAUUCAAUCUUUGAGCAAACACUUCGUCAUGGUGAAUUUGGUUGAUGAUGAAGAGCCAAAAUCACAUGGUUAUUCACCAGACGGUACUUACAUACCUAGAAUACUCUUCAUCUCUCCUUACGGCACCGUAGACCACGAAAUUUACAACGAAGAAGGAAGCAGCCAACACAAGUAUUUCUACAGCAAACCAGAACAAAUCGCAAAGUCCAUGAAAAAGGUCUUGCAGAAGUACAAACUUGAAACUUUUGACGUAUGAACA